AUGGUGGUUCGACCUCGAGAAAAACUGUCUGACAGUGUCGUGCUAAAGGACAGGCCACGCCGGCAUCGUGCUGCAGAUCUUCGGGCAGCCACGUCUGGGCCGAAGGUUUCGGUCUCAGUCUCUGAGGUACCCCGAAAGAAAGCAGCUCGCCAGGACGAAGAUGGAAUGACUGCAAUGCAGAAGUUUCGUAUUCGUGGCAAGACAUGGCAAAUGUCGGUCGGCUCUCAUUCUGAGAACGGGUCUCGUACGGUCUGGCUGGAGGAGCGCUGCCGUCCAAAGUGGGGUCUUGGAUGUGUACUUUGUGCGCAGAUGGUUCUUCGUCUACAGCUGGACAAGGGCUCUGCAAAAAUGAGGCGCAGCUACAGCACAAAAUGGAGCCGUUUCGAGAUUGACGGCAUUGCCAGCAUGCAAACGUGUGCAUUCAAGAAGCACAGCCAGAGCGACCAACACAUGGCCGCAUGGAGGCUGUUUCGUCUUCCUGCACAGGCCCAGGUCUUCGCUACGCCCAGCUGCGAUUCAGACUUGGACCUGCUGAAAGGGUCUGUUCCACAACCCAGCGACUGGCUGUCGGUAUGGUCUGACACGGUCCGGGUCAACUUGUCUUCCCGCGGGUCAACCAGGUCUUCAUUGACUCAGCAAUUCAUUUCUUCGAACAGACUGCAGGUCAAGGAGGUCGAGCAGCGUGCCAUCGCCCAGAUGCGUCUGAUUCUGCGGGAGUGUGUCAGGGAGAAAAAACGCCAGCAGCUACAGCAGGCCAGGUCUAUCUGCUUGUCUCUGGACGACAAGGGCUUCUCCCCCUACAGGCUGCUGCGCUUCAAGUGCUGUACGGCUGAUGGGCAGGUCUUUGGUGGCAUCGUUGGAUGCAUGCACAGCAGCAAGCUGUUGCUGGACAACCCGGAGAAGUGGGAGGAGGACAAAAGCGUGUCUGCGGCUGCGACGGUUCAUCAUCUGGUGGAGGUCUUUUGCACACCAAUGGGUUCAGACCAACCGGACGAAGGACUCAUGCAGGUCUUCCGCAACAACGUCCGCAGCUUCUGCGCGGACGGAUGUCCGUACGUCCAGAAGGUCGGCAGGGUCUUAAGGUCUCGGUACUAUCCGAAGAUAGUACUGCUGUCUCGAGACAUGGCGCACAUGCUACGGUGUUCCUACCAGCCCCCUCUAGCGGCCGACCCGAAGCAGGAGGAGCUGUGGGGUCUCAUCAACAGUGGGGACGGCUCCUUGUUCCCUGCCCUUCAACAUUCGCACGAAUGGAGGGCCAGGCUGAUGACUUUGAAUAGGUCGGUCUUGGAGAAGGAUGGGGCUAUCCACAACAUUUUGCGGUCUAACCUACGCCGCUUCAUCUACCUCCUGACGCCGAUAGCGCUGCUCAUGGCAAUGACUGCCGCAGACCAGCGUACAGGUGUUCAGCUGCGUGCGAAGUGUCACAAGCUUCUGGCCGGCAUGCGGCCCGGUCUUUUGAUCGCCUUGGGCUUGGCGGCCGACUUUGGCAGUGAGGUCACGGGCUUCUUGCGUGAGUGGGAAAAGGACUUCGACGUGGCCACGGUCCAUCGCCGCAUCGCUGCCUUCAAAGCCAAGAUUACCAGCUUGUUUUUGGAAGCUCGCAUCUUUGACGAGUUACAGGACGUCCCAGAUGAAGAGCAGUCCAGUGUGGUCUUGGCCGCGAAGCAUGCCAUGCAGACACCGGAAAUCCAGGUCAAUGGCAAGGUCUACAACGUUUGGCCUUCCGGGUCCGGUCGCAUGCCAAAGGUCCAGGAAACGGUCUCUAGCUUUCAGGUGACCACACAGGCCUUUCUUGGCCGAGUGGCAGCAGAGCUCCCAGACCAGGAGAUGAAGAUGACACUCAGGGCCUUGGACUUGGUCUUGUGGCGGAAGUCCAGCACCGUGGGGAAGGUCAAUUUGGAGGUCUUGGUCCGUCUCUGGUUGAAGGACUUGGGCAUGGACCACGACCAGCAAACUGUUGGUAUUCAGCAGUACAGAGACGCUGCGCCCGGCCCUAAGAAUGUCACAUUGGGUCUCCAUGACAUCAUGGGUUUCCUUGACUUGUCUUGUCCAAACUCUACGGAGCGAGGGUCUUACCUCUGUUCGAAGCACACGGACAAGGAGAUCGGCAACGACAAUCGCGGCAUUUGGGCUACAGUGAUGGACAAAAACUGGACGGUCUUGAACGUGCUGCUGUCUUUCUACCUGUCCUUGGAAGUCUCAUCCUGCACACUGGAGCGCAACUUUUCGGAGCUUCGCCGCUUUGUCGAAUCCCACUGCGGGGCAAGCCAGUCUGAAUCCCAAGAUAUUGAAGCUGCCUUGGAGCUGCGACUGGAUGGACCACAGGACGAGGCAGAGGUCUGCCGAAGGACUUUCCCAGAGCAAGGUCCAGGUCUUCUUCAGCUUUCCAAGAAGGUUCAGGUGGCCUUAGCUGUGCCUGGAUCUGGGUCUGGGUCCCCACUGCUGGAACUCAAUGCGUUCUCCAAACGCCUGGCAGAACUUUGGAUUCACCACCACGGCCGCAGGUUUCAUGUUUACAAGAGAAGACAGGACUGUGGUCUUCGGCGAGGUCCCCGCGAAGGAACGGAGUCGUCCUUGAUUGCUGCUCAGAAGCGGGCUCGAAGCAAAUUGAGCCAAGGUCUUGGGGUGGACUCCAGACAACUUUUCGGAGCAAAGCGGUCCAAGCUGGCUUGGAAGGCCGCCGGGUGUCUCGAGGACUCUGAGAUCUACAAGCAGAAUGAAUCCAUGAAGGUGUUUCACGAGCGGUCUGCCACGAUCAAGGAGAAGCAUCUGGAUGUCAGGAGGGCCAAGAUCGACGGAUCUGAGCCGUAUCCCGUAGGCGGGCUUUAUUGA